UAGUACCGGAUCAACUAAUAACUUAUAUAUAUUUUAUAUUCUUGGAUAUAGUUUUUGGAAAUUGAUAUAUACCAAAGCCAUAACAUUAUUCCCAUCAUUCUCGUGAGGACUCUGGCUCACAAGCCAAUAAAGGAAACUAUAAACAACACUACCAUCAAUUCAACUAGAUCACAUUUCACAUUCAAAUAAUCUAAAUCUCAUUUGGAGAAUUUAUUGUUGUUGAAUUAAUUAUAUUCUCUUCAUAUUCCUACUUCAUUCUGUGGUUACUCAAAUUUCAAAAUCAAAGUAGAAAUAUUUUGAGUUUGGCUCUUUACAAAGGACUAAAACUGUUGAUCCAUUACCAUCACAAUGGUGUCUACUUGUGUGAACUUUAAGACCACCACCCAUGUUGCAAACUUGAGGAAAGACAAUAUUUUUCGUCAAGAAAAUGGUUUUCUAGGUGAGAGAAUCAAAGGGGGUCUGAGUUAUAGUCCUUGGAUCAUUAAUCAGUUGGCCAUAUGUUUGAAAACCAAUGAAAGAGUUAAGAAGGCCAAACCUGGUGUUGUAUCAGCUGUUCUUACAUCAAAUGAUGCCACUGAGACUAUGACUUUUCAGGUUCCAUCGUUUCGGAGAAGAAAAGCUGACCCUAAAAAUGUUGUUUCAAUCAUAUUGGGAGGAGGGCCUGGUGUUCAACUCUUUCCUCUUACCAAACGAUCUGCUACACCUGCUGUUCCUGUUGGUGGAUGCUACAAGCUUAUAGACAUCCCAAUGAGCAACUGCAUCAACAGUGGAAUCAACAAAGUAUUUGUACUGACACAGUUCAACUCUGCAUCACUAAACCGUCACAUCGCUCGCACAUAUUUUGGAAAUGGCAUCAACUUUGGAGAGGGAUAUGUGGAGGUUCUGGCGGCUACUCAAACGCCAGGAGAAGCCGGGAAGAAUUGGUUUCAAGGAACAGCAGAUGCUGUGAGGCAAUUUACAUGGGUAUUUGAGGAUGCUAAGCACACUAACAUUGAGAAUGUAUUGAUUUUGGCUGGAGAUCAACUAUAUAGAAUGGAUUAUAUGGAUCUUGUGCAGAGUCACAUUGAUAGAAAUGCAGAUAUUACAGUAUCAUGUGCUGCUGUAGGUGACAGCCGUGCAUCGGAUUAUGGAUUAGUCGAGGUAGAUAGCAGAGGUCGCAUCGUUCAAUUUUCAGAAAAACCCAAGAUAGAUGAUCUUAAAGCAAUGCAAGUAGAUACAUCUCUUUUUGGAUUGUCACCUCAAGAAGCAUUAAGGUCGCCAUAUAUUGCAUCUAUGGGGGUUUAUGUAUUUAAAACUGAUGUUUUACUAAAGCUUCUGAAAUGGAGGUAUCCAACAUCCAAUGACUUUGGAUCUGAAAUCAUCCCUGCAGCUGUUAAGGAAUACAAUGUCCAAGCAUUUUUCUUCGGAGACUAUUGGGAAGACAUUGGAACAAUAAAAUCAUUUUAUGAUGCUAACAUGGCUCUUACUGAAGAGAAUCCAAUGUUCAAAUUCUAUGAUCCCAAGACACCCAUUUUCACAUCUCCAAGAUUCUUACCACCAACAAAGAUUGAUAAUUGCAGGAUUGUGGAUGCAAUAAUUUCACAUGGCUGUUUCCUGAGAGAAUGCAGUGUACACCAUUCCAUUGUAGGUGAACGUUCACGUUUGGAUUAUGGCGUUGAGCUCCAGGACACUAUAAUGAUGGGAGCAGACUAUUACCAAACUGAACCCGAAAUCGCUUCUCAGGUAGCAGAAGGAAAGGUUCCAAUUAGGAUUGGAAGGAACACCAAAAUUAGGAAGUGUAUAAUUGACAAGAAUGCUAGAAUUGGGAAAGAUGUCAUCAUCAUGAACAAAGAUGGUGUUGAAGAAGCAGAUAGAGAAGACGAUGGAUUUUACAUCCGAUCAGGAAUCACAAUCAUAAUGGAGAAGGCUACAAUAGAAGAUGGUACUGUCAUAUAAAUGGAAGAGAAGAGUAGUAGUUGCAAUACAAUGUACAAUACACAAACCAUACCCCCCUUUUUGUUUUAUAUAUAUAUUUAUGCAGAAUAGAAGGCUCCCUCCUACUGCAUGCAAAAAUGGAAUGAAUAAAUAAAGUUUGAAUGUAAAAUUAA